GUAAAACUCAUUGAUUUUGGUCUGUUAUUUUUGCUAAUUCUUAUUUGAGAAGCCACAAGUAAUUUUUUGGGUUAUGUUUUAUGUGUCAAGGUCUAUUACCGUCAAUGCAUUCUUUGGGCCCAUUCCUAAGGAGCUUGGAAAUCUUAAGGAGCUAACUUAUCUAACCGUUAGUUUUAAUAAUUUCUCUGGAACGCUCCCACCAGAACUUGGUAAUCUCAUCAACCUCGAACAACUUUACUUUGACAGCAGUGGAGUUGGUGGUGAAAUUCCCUUAACAUUUGCUAACCUUCUAAACAUGAAAACAAUGUAAGAAAGUCCCUGGGAUCAUGAGCUGUAUUUAUUCGUCUGCUUAUGUUUCUGGAGUAUCUCAAAAUUGUCUUCUCUUACCCUGUCAUUUAAUAGAGAGCUUUUU